AUGCUCUGGUUUACCCUCAUCAGUGUUGCUCUCGCCUACGUCUCGCGGCCCGACCUCGAUCCGCCCGCGCUCAACGUCACCGCUAAUGCCGGUGGUCUUGACGGGUACAUUUUUCUUGGCCCCUAUCUCGGCACCCUUGCUCAGCCCGGGGGUUAUAUUUACGAUUUCUCUGGUGAGUUAGUGUGGCUGGGCCACGGCAGAAUCAGUGGUUGGGCGGGGAACAUCCAGGUGACGGAGUACCAGGGCCAGACAGUGCUCCAGCUGGCCGACACCGUGUUUAAUGUUGCUGGGUUUGGUAGAGGCCACACCAAGCUCUUGAGUCAAAACUAUACCACGUUGACAGAGAUUUAUGCUGGCGAAGCUCACUUAGCUGACUUUCACGAGUUUAAGAUGGUAGGGAACGACUCGGCUGUGGUGACGAUGUACCAGCCGACUCCAGUGGACCUUAGCGUCAUUGGUGGACCCAGCAAAGGGUGGGUGUUCGAGCUGAUCUUCCGAGAAAUCGAUGUGAUUUCAGGGGACACCAAAUUUGAGUGGCGGGCAUUGGACCACGUGAGGCUUGAAGACACGUUGUGGCCGGUGAAAACUCGUGGUAACUCGUCGACAAACGCCUUUGACUAUUUCCAUAUCAACUCGGUGGAUAAGGACGGCGACGACUACGUGAUUUCGUCGCGGUACUACUCGACAGUCUACAAGAUUGAUGGUAAAACUGGUGAUAUCAUCUGGAGACUUGUGGGCAACCAGGUGAAGGUGAGACUGGACUUUGCUCACGACUUCCAAUUUGACAAGCAGCACGAUGCCCGUCUCCACAACGGCACUACUCUUACCAUUUUUGAUAAUGCCAUGAACAUUAGUGACGUCAGCACGGCCAAGAUUAUCUCCCUCGAUCAGAACAACCGCCAGGCGACCCUUGUGGCUCUGAUGGAGCUGCCGGACCAUUUGCACGUGUACUCGCAAGGCAAUAAUCAGCUUUUGGCCGACGGCGGUCUGUUUGUCAACUGGGGGUCGCUGGGGGCCAUCACCAAGUUUAAUCUGAACCACGAGGUGGUGUUCCACGCCACGUUGCCGGAAAAAGCGCAAAGUUACCGUGGGUUCCAAUUUGACUGGCAAGGGACGCUGCCCGAAGCGGUAGCCGUGGCUGUCGACGCUGGUAAAGUAUAUGUGCUGUGGAACGGUGAUACUCGGGUGACUACUUGGACCAUUACUAAAGACGACAAGCCGGUAGCCAGUGCUCCUCGCGAAGGGUUUGAGACAGUGCUUGAUCUUAACGUUCUGGGGACGUACAAGGUGGUGGGCUACGAUAAGGAAGGCCAGCAAGUUGGGGAGUCCUCUGAGUUUACCGUCAAUGAUGAUGAGGCUAAGGCGGAAGUUACCGAAACCGAUGGUUGCCCCUGUACUACUUUACGUCAGGUUCGCUAG